AUGGCGAUGAGAAGUAAAGAACAAAUUAUGAGGAGUUUUAUUGAUAUUACUGGUUGUGAUGUCCGUCGAGCACAGAACUUUUUGAGAGCUGUUGACUGGAACGAGCAAGAUGCAGUAGCUCUGUUUCUUGACACUAAUGAAACUGAACAACCUUCUCCUCCAAGUUCAGAUCCAGGUGAACAACCGCUAGAAGAUUCAAGUGAAACUACUCGAAGCGGUUCACGUGUUAGGUUUUCUAAUGAACCACCGACCGUGCAUCCAAUUCCAAUAGAUCGAGAAAAAACCAACAUAGCAUCCAAGAUUCAUGCUUUUCAGAACUGGAGACAACAAUUAGACAACUCCGACGAUUCGGAUGACGAGGGUCAAGCUUUUUAUGCCGGCGGUUCGGAACGAAGUGGUCAGCAAAUAAUUGGACCUCCGAAAGACAAAGAUAAUAAUAAACGAAUAGCUAAUGUUUUUGAUGCUGCUCGUCGACAAGGUGCUCGAGAAACGUCGGAUGGCGAUGAUGAAACAGCAUCGUCAUAUCCAAAGAGAGAGCCAUUUUCUGGCACUGGAUAUUCUCUGAAUGACAAUCCUGUACCUUCUUAUCCACAGGAUGCAUCCGCAUCAGUUACCACUAAGAAAGUUGAACAAGUACCGAUACGCUUUUAUUCCAAUGGAUUUACUGUUGGUGAUGGAGAGUUACGCUCGUUCGAAGAGAAUAGAGAAUUUAUUGAAUAUAUCAAACGCGGGGAAAUGCCUCCUGAACUUCGCAGCAUGAACAGCAAUGGUCAACAAAUUGAGGUCAGUCUUGAAGAUCAUCGUGGUGAAGAAUACAAACGUGUUGCCCCAACGUUCAAACCAUUCACAGGUACUGGUCAUACCAUAGGUGCACCAAGAUCUAAUCAAGCCGAAUCCGAUACUCUUGAUUUACAUCGACUUGAAGACAUCGCUCGACAACGAUUGAGACGUUCGAUAUCAUCAUCAACAAUUAUUCGACUUCGUUUACCAGAUAUUUCCACGCCACUGUGCAUACCAAUUGAUCUACAUCGCACACUAGCAGAUGUACGAAAGUUUCUCACAGAGAACAUUCCGUCCCUCCAAUCAAACACAUUCGAAUUCAUGGAACCACCAUCAACACGCAUUCAGCGUGAUGAUGAAAACCAAAGAAUCAAAGAUUCGAAACUGUCGAACUCCAUGCUUGUCGUUCGACGAACUGGUUAA